UUAACAGGUUGUUUAUUGAACACAAGCAGAGUAGAUGGUGAUAACAGGUGAGUAUGCAGAUGCAAGUUCGUGACUGGUGAAUGGUAUAGAGAAUGAUACUGUCCUUUGUGGUUGCAGAGUGCCGAUGGAGAAUGAUACUUGCUGACUGGAGACGAUGACUGCAGACAACACUUCACACACAGACAGGAGACGAUGGAGGGAACUCGGAGACAAGGGAACAGGUAAGUAGCGAGGAGAGUCCUUGAGGUAAGCAUACAGGAAAGUCCUUAGAUGUGAACAAGACCAGACAAUGUGACUGUGUGUGUGAGUGUCUUAAGUAGUGCUGGUGAUGAGUGAGCUGAUGAGGUGCAGGUGGCGGUGAUCAGUACUCAGGGGAAGCUGUGCGCUGUGAUUGGUGGAUGUUGGAGCCUGGCGUGUCUGUGACACACUGUUUGUGGUAAUGGAGCUUUACUUAUGCCUUCUAAUUGAGCUGGUGCUAUAGCUCUUGUGCCAUAUGAAAUUAAUCUUCCCAAGUAUUCAACUUGAGGUUGACAAUAGAGUAGUUUAGUUUUAGAUACCUUGUGGCCUCCUUGAGCUAAUUUUGUAAGUACUUUAACUGAAUCUUUGUGACAUUGUUCUCUUGUUGUUGAACAAAUCAUCAAAUCAUCUACAUAUUAUAACAAAGUACUGUCUAUCAUAAGAUCUUCCAAAUCAGCUUUAAGAACCUGAUUAAAUAUAUGAGGUGAAUGUUUAAAUCCCUGUGGCAUUCAAGUGUAGGUAUAUUGUUUUCCAGCAUAUGUAAAUGCAAAUAAAUAUCUACUUUCUUCUUCCACAGGAAUACUAAAGUAGGCAUUACUUAAAUCAAUUACAGUGAAAUAUUUAGCAUCUGAAAGGACAUUUGUCAGUAAUGUGUGCCGGUUUGGAACAUCAGCGGGCCAAUCUUCUACUAUUUCAUUUAUUGCUCGUAAGUCAUGCACAAGGCGCCAUUAAUGCUGCGUUCACACCGAACGCGUCUGGGGCGUGUGAUUUACAUGUUAAGUCAAUGUAAACGCGCGUCUAGACGGCGCGAAUCAAGCGUCUAGCGCGGCGCGAAUCGGCCGUUGACGUGCGAAUGGCGCUGCGCGAAUUGAGCGUUCACACAUCUGACGCACGAAUCAAGCGUCUGACGCCCUAGACGCCCGAGUUAAAAAAAUCUGAACUUUGGCGAAUAUUCGCGGCGCGUUAACCAAUCAGGAACUCUGCUUUGGUAGUCACGUGUUUAUGACAUGAUCAGCGUUGGAGACCAAAACAAAGAUGGAGGACAAACAGUCGCUGUGUGUGGCUACCCUGAGCUCUAUGAUGUGUCAUCAUAUUUUUAUCGAGACAGGAAUAAAAAGGACUUUGCCUGGAAGAGGAUAAGCGAGGAAAUCGGACAAUCUGGUGAAGGAGGAUGGCUGAAUGCAGGUUUCCAGACACAACAACGGAGCUGGACUUCACACAUGAAGAUGAAGCACACAGGAGGAGAACAGGAGACAGACUGGAGACAGGUAAGUAAUCCAACGGAGUCCUUGAGGUAAGCAUACAGGUAAGAUGCUAACGAGACCGGACAAUGAGCGUGUGUGAAAGAGAGCUCUUUAUACUGCUGGUGAUGACUGUGCUGAUGACGUGCAGGUGUGCGUGGUUAGUAUUCUGGUGACGGGGUGUGCUGUGAUUGGGUGACGGUGGAGCCUGGCGUUUCUGUGACAGUACCCCCCCCCUCCACGGCCCACUCCUGAGGGCCGAGGACCCCGACGUCGUGGUGGUCGGCCUCUUCCGCGCGGUGCAGGUCUGUCAGGAUGGUUAGCGUGGAAUGUGUAGAGCAAGUUGGGGUUGAGUAUGUCGUUUCUAGGAACCCAUGAAUGUUCCUCAGGGCCGUAACCUUCCCAGUCCACCAGAUACUCCAGAAGACCACCACGACGCCGGGAGUCCAAGAUGUCUUGCACUUGGUAGGCAGCGCCGUCUUCAAGGAUGAGAGGAAGGGGGGGUUCCACGUCAUCGCCAGGCUCUGUGGAAACAGAAACAGAGGGGUGGUGAGACAGAUGUGACAGAUGGCACACGUGUGAAAAUAAGAACAAUAAAGAAGAGUCUUUAAAAACCCUCUUUUGUGCAGAAUUACUUCCUUCUACCAUGGAUUCAAAUCUCAAGUUGACAGUUUAACAGUUGAGCCCAAGCCUCCGUUACUAUUCUAAAACUUUAGAACUAGUAACUAAGGAACGUUGAGUCAUUUCAUUGAAGCUUAUUGUAUUAUGUAGAGUAGAGAUUUAUGCUAUUAUGAGAGAGAGAUUGACUUAAUGAGUGUAUUACCUGCAUCUGAUAUAGCAUUCAUUCUUCAGGUCGAUGUCCAUAAUAUUAUAUCCAUUAUAAAAAAUCAGUUUAAAUGUCCACUGAGGAAAGCGCCUUUGUCCUGUUAAAAGUUAAGGGGAUUUCCCACAGCGUUAAAACAAUUUCCUUGUUCUGAUAAAGAGUCUUUGCCGCCAUCUAUUGCCGUAAUAAUGUAACUUUCACGGAUACUAUUGACAGACCCUUUCUCAAUACCAAAUACAACAUAUUAUUUAUAUAAAAUAAUAUUUAUUGAACAACAAUAUUUAAAUGAACACUAAUAGCCAUUAUAAAAGACAUAAACACAAGCAAACAAUAAACACAAUCAAAUAAAUAAAAAACACAAGCAAACAAUUUCAUCAAACAUAAAAAAGUAGCACUCUAGUACAGGAUUUAAGUUAAAUAUAGCCUUAAUAUAAAGUUAUGAAAUUCAAUUUUGGUUACACUUUAUUUUAAGUUGACGUAGACAUUGUACUUACUCCAAUAAGUACUGAGUAAUAUUAUUUAACUAUAUGUACUUACUAUAGAGUUACAGUUAGGGUUUGGUUUGGUUUAGGAUUAAUUACUUGUAAUUAUACAUACUUUACUGUUAUUACUAUAGUAAGUACAUGUAGUAACGUGUAACUACGUCACCUUAAAAUAAAGUGUUACCUUCAUUUUCCCCUUAACCAAAAUCAUUUUGCUCUGGAACAAGUAAUAGAUUAAUAAGACCAAAGAUUGCCUGUUUGAUAUACCCUAAAUGAAUUAUAAUUUUAACCACUAUCUACAUAAGAGCCAGCGGCAAAUACCGAAGGACUGGCCAAGAUGAAGCUGUUCUCGUGCGGGUACAUGAGCGCUAACAGCCUGGAGCUCGUAUCUGCGAAAGCGUCAAAACAAAUAAUAAAAUAGGCCCUAUGAUUAAAUAUGAGUCACAUAUUUCAGGUCUAAACAACUACAUUCUCACCUAAAAUAAAAUCUUAAAAUUACAGUUCGUGGUACAAAUGUAGUAUUUGUAAAAAAAAAAAAAAAAAAAAAAAAAAAAAUACAAUGAUUUGCUUGCAUGACAGUCGUUUCAAGUGGAGUGAUACAAACGGUGAAAAGGUAAGAGUGUUGUUACACUAGAAUAUCGCACGGCUCUCAGCCAAUCAGAUUCGAGAAUCAGAUAGAACUGUUGUAUCAAUAUAUAUAUAUAUAUAUAUAUAUAACAGUUCUUUCUAGAGAUGCACCGAUACUAAAUUUCUCUGCCGAUACCGAUAGCCGAUUGUUCAGAAUGAUAUCGGCCGAUGCCGAUACCGAUAGUUUGGUUUUUCUUAAGGAAAUAAAAUCUUUCCCAAAUAAUGUUGCAAACUAUAUAUGGAACCCUCUCAUUUGGUACACUACAAUAUUAGAGGUUACAAUUAACAACAGAGGUAUUAUAUUCAGCUGCUGUUUAUUUUCAGGUAUAAUAAUUACACUCAAAUAAAAACUGAAAUGUUUGUACAAAACUUAGUAUCACAUAAGGUAGUUUUCAUAAGCACUUGUUGUCUUCAUGGCAAAUUUACACAAACAUAAUUAACAGUAAAUAAGCUCCACUCUAGUGUUUUUAUAUAUAGAUAGCUAAGGAACUGUGAACAUUGUAAAACAUUCCUAAGGUAAAUGUGGCAUAUUGUUCACAAGCUGUUUUAUUGACUUCUUUCUGCAGUUGAAACACAAAUAAAGUGAUUACAUAAAACAUGAUACAUUCCGGUAAGUUGUACAAUAUAUUUCAACAAACCUUUGAUGUUCAUUCAUGUUUUUCGAGAUAUAACUUGUAUUGAAGAGGAAGAAUAGACUCGCGCUGCGCUCUGCCGCCUAAACUGAGGCAUUACAGCAAUCUGACAUGUCACAUUUAAGAGCGUCAAAACGCCAUUUAUUGUUUGAAUUUCAUGAUAAAAUUGACAGAAUUUGAAAACUGAAACUUUUAUUCUUAUCAGAAGUAACAAAUCUCAAAGCUUUUUGCAAUUAUUGGAUGGGAGGCGCUACAAAUAAUAUCUGAUGUAGGAAAAAAAAACCUGCAGACCUGGCAACCCUGGCUUGAACUACGGGUGAUUCAUAGGGUCAAAAAGAGCCUGCUUUAACGUCACUAUUUUAAAACUGUUAAUGCUUUAAAAUUCAACAGGAGUGAUUUUCUUCACACACAGUAUGUAUGAGUUGCAGUCUGAACAUGUUUUUCCGCACCCUUUUGAUUGACAGGAUAUAAUCGGCCCUGAUCAUCGGCAGUUUUUAAACAAUCAGCCGAUGGCCGAUAGUGAUAAUAAUAGCUUUUAUCGGCCGAUACCGAUUGUUGGCCGAUACAUCGGUGCACCUCUAGUUCUUUCUGGUUCUCGAAUCUGAUUGGCUGAGAGGUCUUUCCAGCCAUGCGAUAUUGUGCUAGUAUCGCCACAGGAACAGUUUCAUCGUUUGAAGCACUCCGCUGCCAGCAUUCUCACAGCGAGUGUCAUGGCGGACGAGCAAAUCCACUAUAUUUUUAUAGAUACUACUGUUAUUUUGUAAUGGAAUGUAGUUAUUUUGAAUCAAGAGUUUUGUAGGCGAGAAUAUAGUUCUUUAGACCUCAGAUAUGCGAUUUAUAUGUAAACAUAGUGCCUAUUUGAAAAUUUGUUUAGACGCUUUCAGAGAUGCGAGCUCCAGGCUGUCAGCGAUUGUUCAGUGCUCAUGUACCCACAGAGAACAGCUUCAUCUUGGCCAGUCCUUCGGGAAUUUGCCGCUGGCUCUUAUGUAGAUAGUGUUUAAACAUGAGAUAUAAUUCGUAUUUGAGGUAUAAUACUUGUUCCAGAGCUAAUAGAUUUGGCUUAAGGGCUAUUUUAAGUUUCAUAACUUUAUAUUUACAUUAAAAUUAAAUCCUGUACUAACUAGAGUGCUGCUUUUGUGCGUUUGACUGAACUGUUUGCUUGUGUUAAUUUAUUUACUUCUUAUACUGUUAUAAUGGCUAUUGUUGUUAAUUUAAAUAUUAUUGUUCAAAAUAUAAUAUUUUAUAUAAAUAGCAUGCCAUAUUUUUUGGUAUUGAGAAAGAGUCCGUUAGUGAUUUUGAAUUCAGUGAAAGUUACAUUAAUACGCCAUGGUGGCAAAGACUUUUUAUUAGUGAGUCAGUCAUUCGCAAAGACUUUUAAAUUUAUUUUUUAUCUAUAUAUUUUAAAGCCAAUAACCAAUAUAUUGGCCGAUAAAUCUAAAUCCAAGUUUUACUUUGAGAACCUGAUUACAAAAACAAAAGGCUCACCGUUAAAAGCCAUGUCCCAAACAUUUCAACAUAAAUCAAACAUAUACAGUACAGUAACCUAGUUUGAACCAGUGUAAGAUUUCUUAACUUUUAAAAUUAAUUUUACACUCCUUUUGCCAACUUUCUUUAUAUAUAUAAAAAAAUGGUAACACUUUACAAUAAGGUUUCAUUUUGUUAGCAUUAGUUAACAUAAACAAUGAAUGAACAAUACUCAGUACACGGAGUCAGUUCCCACCACCAACACCCACCACCAACACACAUCGUCACCGGAUCUCCACGCUCCGCCCACUCGUUCACAAUCACCAGAGUACUGAUCAGCGGCACCUGCACCUCAUCACACCAGCACUAUAAGAACACUCACUUCCCUCACUUCAGUGUCUGGUCUUGUUUGUACAUACCUGGACUCCUUACCUCUCCUCCGAUGUCUCCGUGCUUCCACUCCUUCAUCAAGUCUUGUCUUCCCUCGUCAUUCCCUCUACAAAAGAGAAAGGACUCUGUGAUUAUUCAGCUAAGUGACUAUACUCAACGUGCUCACAUCUGCAAACUACUCACCUGUGUUGUUCCUGUGUUCGUGCCUCUGUCUCAGAAUAAACUACCUGUUGAAUACUUACCCUCUUGUUCCCGUCUGUGUCUGACAGAAGACCAGACCCUAUGCAGAGCUCCACGAACACAAGCGAGGAUCGUACCCCGGAUCCGUUUGCCUCCCUGGUGAACGCGGUGCGAUUUUUUUUUUUUUUUUUUUUUCUCCUCACAGCACCAUCCACGAGCACGUCACCUGCAGUCACUCCCGACCUCGUGCACGCUGUUCGCCAAGCACUCCUUCUCCCAGCACCCGCUGCAACUUCUUCAGCUGCCUCUGCCAGUCCCAUGGCCCGACCAGCGACAUUCUCAGGCAUGGCGGAGGACUGCAGCGGGUUUCUACUCCAAUGCUCGCUGUAUCUGGAGGCACAGUCCCACCUCUUCACAACAGAACAUGCCAGGGUGGCGUUUAUCAUCUCUCUGCUGUCUGGACGAGCAUUGCAAUGGGCACAACUCCUCUGGGAAUCUGACGCUCCGGUAACAGCCACCAUUUGGGAUUUCUUCAGCCAUUUUCGAGAGGUUUUCGGACAAGGCACAGCUGACCUGUCCGUACACGACCAACUAUUCAACUUACGCCAAGGCGAAGAAACCGUGAGUAUGUAUGCGCUCCGCUUCCGCACUUUGGCAGCUGCCAGCAGAUGGAAUGAAACGGCAUUGAUUACAGCCUUCCACCAAGGACUUACUCCUAAAGUGAAACCGUUAAUGGUCAUGUACGAUGAUACAAUGGGUCUUGAAUGCCUGAUACAAAACUAUACGUGUGGCUCAGCGCUUCUCAGCUUGUUCUGUGCUUCCACCCACUCCCAGUCCUUUGCCUGCCUCACCAUCUGUCGCCCCUCCAGCACCUGAACAAAUGCAGGAAGAUUCCUUCCGCCUCACCCGAGCGGAGCGUCAGAGAAGAAUUCAACAACGACUGUGUCUCUACUGUGGGGGAGAAGGAUAUGUCAUCGCCGUGUGUCCCAUCCGACCACCACGCCCAGCGGUGAGUACUAUUCAAGUUCCAGCUUGUAUUGCACCUCUUACAAGAACUAAAGUCCAACUGUUAAACUCUCACGUCUGUGUUUCAGCGCAAGCCCUCCUAGACUCUGGAUCAGCUGGAAACUUCAUCAGAGCCCAAGUUCUUCAGAAACUAAACGUACGCCGAAAACGAUGUCAACAAGAUCUACAGAUCCAAACUAUCCAAGGAAAGCCGCUGGGCCGUGGUCGCAUCACACACUUCUCUCCCACACUGAUGCUCCGUAUCGGCUGCCUGCAUUCUGAGGAGAUAACGUUCAUAGUGCUGGAAGGAUCCACUGCUGACAUCAUCCUGGGAUGCCCCUGGUUAAUGCAACAUCAACCUCAAGUACAAUGGAACACCGGGGAGAUCCUGAAAUGGGGUGACAACUGCUUCCAAUCCUGCUUAUCUCCGAUCAAGAAACCUCCAGCAAAGUUCCAACCUACCUCCUUCCACUCCAAGUGUGUUCCCAUUCUCUCUACCUCCAUCGAAAGUCCAGAAACAGAUCAGAAAGUAGAAAUUCCUCCAGAGUACCGGGCAUUCCACGAUGUCUUCAGUAAGCGAUUGGCUACUCAACUCCCACCUCACCGGCCAUGGGACUGUGCCAUCGACCUGCUACCUGGGGCUACUCUACCCAAGGGUAGAGUUUACCCAUUGUCCAUCCCGGAGCAAAAGGCCAUGGAGGAGUACGUCAAGGAAGCCCUUGACCAGCGCUUCAUCUGUCCAUCGACUUCCCCUGCCACUUCAAGCUUCUUCUUCAUGGCCAAGAAGGACGGAGGCUUGAGGCCCAGACAGUUAAAUUCAGUUAUCCCCUUCCUCUGGUCCCAGCAGCUCUGCAACAGCUACGGGGAGCUCGCAUCUUCUCCAAGCUGGACCUGAGGAGUGCGUACAAUCUCAUUUGUAUCCGCCAGGGAUACACUUCGUUACACCAUCAGGUCAUUAUGAAUACCGGGUUAUGCCGUAUGGCCUGUCAAACUCUCCCUCCGUGUUCCAGAACUAUAUGAAUGAGGUGUUCCAGGAGUUCCUCCACCAGUUCGUCAUAGUGUACAUCGAUGACAUUCUCAUCUACUUCCAGAACCAGGCCGAACAUCGCCAACACGUCUCCCAGGUCCUAGAGAAGCUACGUGAACACCAUCUGUACCUCAAGCUGGAGAAGUGCAAGUUCCAUACCACUUCCGUUCACUUCCUCGGCUACAUUAUCGACCAACACGGCAUUCAGAUGGACCAGAGGAAGGUGGACACCAUCCGCAACUGGCCCCUUCCGUCAACCGUCAAGGAUUUGCAAACUUCUACAGAUGUUUCAUUCAAAACUACAGCCUUUUCAGUGCACCCCUCACUUCUCUCCUCAAGGGCCGGCCAAGUCUCUGUCCUGGGAUCCAUCUGCCCGAGAAGCCUUCCAUCAGCUCCAAGAAGCUUUUCUCACCGCUCUGAUCCUGGUCCAUCCGAACCCGGAACUCCAUUUCAUCGUGGAGGGGGACGCCUCAUCCACCGGGGUCGGAGCGGUGUUGUCCCAGCGGCAGGGUGAACCACCACGACUCCAUCCAUGUGCCUUUUUCUCAAAGACGCUAUCCCCGGCGGAGCAGAACUAUGACAUUGGUAACAGAGAACUGCUCGCCAUAAAGUUAGCCUUAGAGGAAUGGAGACACUGGCUGGAGGGAGCACUUCACCCGUUUGAAGUCAUCACUGACCACCGCAACCUUGAGUACCUCAGAGAAGCACGAAGGCUCAAUCAUCGCCAAGCCCGCUGGGCCUUAUUCUUUACAAGGUUCAACUUCACAGUUACCUACCAUCCAGGAAGCAAAAAUGGUAAAGCUGAUGCUUUCUCCCGUCUGUCCCAGCCUGAUCCUGAGAACAUGGACCCUGAAACCAUCCUCCCUCCAGCCAUGAUCAUAAGCCCCAUCCAAUGGACCAUCAACCAGCAGAUCUCAGAGGCUAACUCCACCGAAUCUGCUCCGCCGGGAGGUCCUGAGGAGCUUCUCUACGUUCCCCCGGCAAAUCGUCAGCCCCUCAUGGACUUAGCUCACUCUUCUCCGGGCUCUGGACACCCAGGUAGUUCACGUACCCUCUCGCUUCUGCAGCAACAGUACUGGUGGCCAUCCAUGCCCCAGGAUGUCUCCCGACACAUCAAGGGAUGCUCAGUCUGUGCCGUUGCUGACACUCCUAGGAAGCUCCCAGAGGGUAAACUCCUUCCGCUACCCAUACCACAAAGACCCUGGACUCAUCUAGGAGUUGAUUUCAUGAUGGACCUUCCAACAAUUUCACCUGCGUCUUUGUGUUUGUGGACCGAUUCUCCAAAUCAUGCAAACUCAUUCCCCUCAAGGGUUUGCCCACAGCGCUAGAGGCAGCGGAGGCCCUAUUCCACUAUGUGUUUCGUCAUUUUGAAAUCCCUGAAGAUAUCGUCUCGGAUCGUGGCCCUCAGUUCAUAUCUCGUGUCUGGAAGGCGUUCUUCAAGCUCAUAGGAGUGUCAGUCAGCCUGUCCUCUGGAUACCACCCGCAGACCAACGGCCAGACUGAGCGGAAGAUCCAGGAGAUCGGGAGAAACCUGCGGGUAUAUUGCCACCGGAACUAGGACAGCUGGAGCCAGUUCCUGCCCUGGGUGGAGUAUGCCCGGAAUUCCCUCCGACAAACCACCACAGUGCUCACCCCGUUUCAGUGCGUCCUGGGCUUCCAACCUCCACUCUUCCCGUGGUCGGGUGAGCUCUUCGAGGUUCCAGCUGUCAACCACUGGUUCCAGCAGAGCGAGAGAGUGUGGGACUCGGCUCAUGUACAUCUCCAACAGGCAGUUUGGAGACACAAGUGGCAAGCGGAUGCCAGAAGAGGCCCAACUCCACAGUAUCAACCUGGCCAGAAGGUAUGGCUCUCUACCCGGGACAUCCAUCUCCGACUGCCUUGUCGUAAGCUGAGUCCCCGGUACAUAGGUCCAUUCACCAUCCAGAGGCAGCUCAACGAAGUCACUUACCGGCUCAACUUACCACCUCAGUAUCGUAUAUCACCUUCAUUUCAUGUUUCACUACUCAAACCGCACACUGAACCCUUGUCUCCUCCCUCCACAGAUCCUGGUGACGAUGCGCUACCUCCUCCUCCCGACAUCGCUGAGGAGGAGAACAUCUACCGGGUGCGGGCGAUUCUUGACUCUCGAUGACGGGGUCUUGCACUGGAAUACCUCGUCGACUGGGAGGACUAAGGCCCUGAGGAGCGUUCCUGGGUCAACCAUCACGACAUCCUCGAUCAUUCUCUGCUAACCCAGUUCCAUCACGACCAUUCGGACCGUCCUGCUCCUCGGGGUUGAGGUAGACCCCGUCGUCGUUGCCCCAUCCGGUCGUCAUGGAGUCAGUUCCCACCACCAACACUCAGCACACAUCGUCACCAGAUCUCCGCGCUCUGCCCACUCGUUCACAAUCACCAGAGUACUGAUCAGCGGCACCUGCACCUCAUCACACCAGCACUAUAUAAGAACACUCACUUCCCUCACUUCAGUGUCUGGUCUUGUUUGUACAUACCUGGACUCCUUACCUCUCCUCCGAUGUCUCCGUGCUUCCACUCCUUCGUCAAGUCUUGUCUUCCCUCUGCAAAAGAGAAAGGACUCUGUGAUUAUUCAGCUAAGUGACUAUACUCAACGUGCUCAUAUCUGCAAACUACUCACCUGUGUUGUUCCUGUGUUCGUGCCUCUGUCUCAGAAUAAACUACCUGUUGAAUACUUACCUUCUUUUUCCCGUCUGUGUCUGACAUCUACAGGAUUUAUUAAUCUUAGUUAAUGUUAAUCUCAACAUUUUCUAAGACAUUUUUAAGAUCCAGAGUUGUAUCUGUUAACAUUACUUAAUGCACUGUGAACUAACAUGAACACAAAUAUUUUAUUCACUACAUUCACAAAGGUUAUUGCUCUAUAGUUCUUGCAUCAAAUAAGACCUUGUUAAGUGAUACCCAAAAAACAAAAUAAAAUGCCUAAAUAAUGCAAACAACAUUACUUAGGCUAUAAAGAAACAAAAUACAUGUGCCAUGGAUAAAUAAAAUGAAAUAGCCUCAGCACGGACAAUAAAGAAAUAAUUUUAAUCAAACCAUGUUGUUGAUGAAAAUAAUACGAGAACAAUAAAAGUGCUAGUUAAUAAUAACACAUCAAUGUUUUUGAAAUAAAAAAUAUGAAACAUUUUUAAUAUUACAGUAAUAGUAAACAUUUCAAAUAACUUCAUUGCUGUCAUAGCUUUUAAUGUUUUUCAUUGCUGUUUGAGUGCAUGCGCUGAAGCAGAAGAGCUGAAAGUGCACUGGGAAACUGAAGAGCUUUUCUAGCUGGUUAUUUAACUCAAUGAAACACAUCAUAUAUUAGAUUAACCAGAUAUUUAUAUUACAUAAACUUAAUGUUACGACUUAUAUCUGCACAAAAUGACGUGAAUGCACAAGCGAACUUGACGGUGCUGGUCAGAAUGUGCUCGUGUUCUGGAUGCGCUCCCCACAACAAGACGCUACCUCUUUUAUUGGACCUGUGGAUGCAGUUGUUUUGGUAUCAUAUUUCAACUUCUUUAAUCACAGUUUCACUAUUAGGAUUUUCUUAGGUUGUAAGGCCCCCUAUAGCAUCAGAAAUUAAAUCUGCAUGGUGUCUUCCGAAUACUUUUACUCACCCUUAUGUCGUUCCAAACAUUUAUUCUGCUAAAUCUCACUUCUUGCACAGCUGUUGAGUUGGUUGUCCUAGUAACAUAGGGAUCUUGUUCAAUGUACCCUCUUCUUAUCAUGUACCCCUUAACAGGAGGGGCCAAAUUGAUACAACAUGCAGCAUCACCCUGUGUAUUAACACUUUAUGGACAACAGGCACCGAUGGCAGUGGCAUAAAUUAGUCGUGACGUGAACUGCUUCUGAAGAACGUCUCUUUUUUUUAAUAAACUUCCCCUUUUAGCCUAAAUGCCUCACAACACACAUAACAUCACAGAGUUUUUCUCUCAGUGUAUGUUUCAGAUUUAUGUUUUCUCUGCUUUAUUGACUUCACCUGUUAACUCAUUUUCAUCCAUACAUAUACUCCAAAAACAUGCACUUAAAGAUACACAUACUACAAAAAAAAAAAGAAAAAAAAAAAGAAGAAGAAAAAGAAAAACACGCAUAGACAGGAUGUAGUGGUGACAGGGAUGUUCUGUGACAGCAGUCUGAACUGGAUAAGUACUUUUUCCACCUUGUUCAACAUGUACAACACUCUCAAACAUGCUACAGGAAA